CUCCAAUUCGUCUCACAAUGUCAUCAUCGGAAAACUCAGAGAAAUCCUCCCCUAUCCUCGACAACCCCCAGCACAUCCAAAAAGUCGUACAAGAGGGUCUCCUCCUCGGUGGCGGCGCCGCCGCUAUCCUCUUGCAAGUCGCCAUGCCCGGCGUCGGAAAAGGCGUCGACAACCACAGUAACUUCUCCUACCGACCGCUGGACCGUCUCCGUACGACCAUGACUUUCGUCUACUGCAUGGCGUUCGGCACGAACGACGAGAAACGCGCCGUCGUCGAUAUGGUGCAUCGUGCGCAUGCCCCCGUCAAGGGAGCAGACUACGAUGCCAACGAUACGAGGCUGCAGGUCUGGGUCGCAGCGACUUUGUACGCCGUGGGCACGGAUAUGUACGAGCAGGUGUUUGGGGCUAUGGACGAGUGCGCAGCGGAGAGGCUGUAUCGCGAGUAUGCGAUCCUGGCGGUUUCGCUGCGGGUCAGGCCCGAGGAGUGGCCGGAAAGUCGGGCCAAGUUUUGGGAAUAUUGGGAUGAGCAGGUUGAGAGUAUGGAGGUGACGGAGAAUGCGAAGAAUGUGGCGAACGAUCUCUUGUUUAACUAUAAGUUGCCGCUGCAUCUCCGCGUGCUGAUGCCGUGGAUCCGCCUGGUUACGGCGGAGUUGCUGCCCCCGCGCAUCCGGGAGGCGUAUGGCUUGAAGACUACGAAGGUGCGCAGGGGCGCGUAUCGAGUGACGGUGGGCUUUGCGAGGGCGACGUACCCCUGCUUGCCCAUGUUUGUGCGCACUUAUCCGAAGCGGUACUACAUGAAGGAUAUGCGGCGGAGACUGCAGAAGACCGGAUGAUUUGGUACAGGUCAUGCUGGACAUGUGGCGAUUGGUGGGGAUGUCUGUACGUGAUUAUAUUGUCUAGAAUGUGAUUUG